AUUCACUACACGCCUCACGCGAACAAUACAUGUCGGUAGCUAUUGAACUUUUGUUCAAGGUAAAAUAGUGCAAAUUCGUCAGCGCUAACUAAGCGAUUGCAGUUUCCUAGCCGCAAUCGCUGAACUCGAACGGCUAGACUUCGCCCUAGUCAAUUUUCCUCUAAUCUCCCAGCUCAGUCAAAAGGCCUGGAAGCUACCCUGCAGAGCAUUUCAGCAGUACCACAGACGCAUAACCCAUGAAGAUCAAAAACCCGCAAUCAUCCCUCCUCACAAACCAUGAAGUGCUUCUCCAUAUGCGCUCCGAAAAAGCCGACUAUGACAAUCGAUAUGGCACGAAACUCAACCGUGAGGUUCCUUCCGGCUUGAACGCCAUGCUGCGAGAUGGACUAGCUUACCUAGAAUCUGCCGACCAUCCAAUCAUCGAUCUCGCGUCAUCUCGGCCAUUCCGUCCAAUGACUCUGUACAAAGGCCCACAUUCAUUGUUUCGAGCUCUUAGUCCGAAGUAUCGGUUAAACAAGGCGGAGUAUGUGCAGAUCUUCAAUUUGAGACCAACGAGUGAAGUUAUGCUGGGGCUGAUUCUGGAAGAGGCCGACACCCGUUUCUCCCGCCGCCAACAAUCCGACAUCCUCGCCAUCAUCCAGUCCGUAUUCGAAGAACAAGAAUCCUCGAUCCCGGCCGGCGUCGAAGACAUCGAAAUGCCCAAAAUCAAGAACAAGCUCGAGGGCGCUGGGAAGAAGAAGCGGAGGGGGAUUAAGCGGAAGGUUGGUGGACGGGGCUAAGCUAGGGGAAGAAUGGCGUGGGUGGGAGGGAAUCCUUUUGGUGCAUCACAUACAUGCACAAUUCACUUCAAUCCUCAGUGUAGUGAUAGUGGUAGUAAGAUACUUGCUAGAUAGAGCUGUCAGAGGAUGGAGAUGGGCGGGAGAUUCACUGAUGGAUGGUGAGGUGAAGGAUAUAGAUGUAGGUAGAGAGGUUUAAGUUGAUAGUGGUGCGGUUUACCUUGAUUUUACCUAGUCAGCUGGUGUGGAUGAGGUAUCGGGUACAUUUCAUAACGGAACAUGGGUUUGAACUUUUCAAUGACUCUUGUCGUUGCGGGUAUUCCUCUACACACACCCCCUUAAUGCGAUACCCUCCCUC